CUUCUUAAUUUCAUUUUUUCAAUUAUAGGUGCAUUGUUAGGGACAUAUGAAGAUAACAGAUUUAAAUCCGAGUCAAUGAAGCCGUAUCUCAAGUUAAUUGGCUCUCUUAACCUUGGAGGUGGACCCGAGUUAGAAAAGAAACUCAAGUACACAGAGCAUGUUUGCUCAGGGGUAAUUUUGGGAAAAGAGCUUGUAAAUGCACCUCCCAAUGUACUUACCCCUGGGGUAUCAGCGGAAGAAGCUGAAAAGAUUGCUUCAACAAUCGAUUGUGAUAAGUUAUCUGAUAUAGGUUCCGAGUAUGAAGGGGAAGAUUGUCAAACUUGUUGAUAGAGACAUAGAGUUAAAAUAAUCUUUUAAGUAAAAGAUUUUGAAUUUAUGGAAUGCUUCAACAAAAAUGUAAAUAAUGAUAAAAUCUAAAUUGGAUAGUUUUUUUUGUUGUUGUUGAAGGUUUUGGAUUGACACAGCUGAUAAGCAACCUUGCAUUGGUAUGGGUGGUAUGAUACCAUGGAAGCUUCAUGUUACAGGGAAGCUUUUUCAUAGUGGUCUAGCACACAAGGUGUCUUGAUUCUUGAAUAAAAAAAUGUUGCUUUUGGUUUUGGUUAUUGCUAUAAAUUUAUUUGAUUUAAUAUUAAAUAAAGAUACUUAGAGGUCAUCUGGU